CUAUCAACCACCUAUUCUAGCUCCAUAAUCUGGACACUCCCAGCUCCACUUCAUCCCCAAUGGUGCGGGGAGAGCUCUCACAAAGCCUCCGACGGGCUAUCGAGUCCCUUGGAAACCUACCACGCCCCCAAUGCGAUCGGACCAUUCGAUAUCCGCGACGGCGCUGCCAACUAUCGACGAUAAGAUGCAUAUCAACCAGCGCCCCACGCCAUGCUGAGCUCGUCAACGAUACACCCGAGAAAUUCACAGCUGCACCUCCAAUUAACUUCGAGCAGCAAGAUGCGAAAGGUGGAAAGGGAGGAGGCAAGCAGCUGCUCCGGACACUGCGCGUGGUGCCCGCAUCACCAUCCUACUUCAGCGCGAAGCCCACCUUCACCGAUGAUUUUAUCAGCCUUCAGGCCUUGCUCCGAAAAGUUGCUACCCUCCCUGUCGUCCCGCCUUCAGAGGCCCCAAAGGUCGCGUGGAAGACAAUCGACCAGUACCGCAUCAUGACCAACGAGCCAGUCAAAACCCAACGCUUCCACAAGAUGAUUCAUAUUCUUCGCCGACUGAACUGUAUUCACCCGUCCUUGAUGCCCGAGGAGGUCCUCCAGGCAAUGCAGCGGUAUAAAAAGGCCAGCCAGCCUGGCGACAUCAAGCCCAAACCCGGCAUCAUUGAUGAACUAGGCCGCGCCAAAGGUGUCGGGCGGAGGAAGACGUCGUCAGCAGUAGCCUGGCUAGUAGAAGGUGAAGGCGAAGUCUUGAUCAAUGGAAAAUCCCUCACACAAUUCUUUGGGCGACUACAUGACCGAGAGAGCGUCGUCUGGGCACUAAAGGCUACUCAACGGCUCGACAAAUACAACGUCUGGGGUCUGACAGCUGGCGGCGGCGUCACCGGACAGGCAGAGGCUUUGACGUUGGCGGUUGCAAAAGCACUACUGGUGCACGAACCGGCAUUGAAACCGGCGUUGCGACGAGCUGGCUGCAUUACCCGCGAUCCGCGGAAAGUGGAAAGGAAAAAGCCUGGCCACGUCAAGGCGCGCAAAAUGCCCACUUGGGUCAAGCGUUGAUGUGUUGUUUCGCCUCCAUGUAGAUUGCUCUUGUACAUCUGAUCUCCAGCCACCUCUUUAUCUAUACUAGCCGGAGUCGGAGCCGCACUGUCGAAACUUCGGCUCCGUGAUCCCUCUAUUCCAGGCGACAGACAUUAAGCCCGACAUGAUUUAGCGCACACUGUAGCGAGCAUGCGGGUAUCGACUGCAUCCUUCUGCCCAGCAUUUCCAUCAUUAGUAGAUAGGCAUGUUUGAUCCUUCGUCGAGCUGCACGUAAAGACGAAUGUUAAAGCUGCGGUACAAUAAUGCAAC